AUGUCUUUAGCAUCGGAGACAAUCCAUGCUCAAUCGCAAUCUGGAAACUUGGCUGGCGUAAAAGCUUUGGUCGAGCAAAACAUGAGCAAUGUGUCUUCAAAAGAUGAGGAUGAACGAACUCCUCUUCAUUGGGCUGCAAGUGGAGGCCACUUACCUAUAAUCAACUAUCUUCUUGACAAUGGAGCUGCACCUAAUGCAGUUGACGACUCGAACUGGACGCCGUUGAUGAUUGCUUGUUCGUCUGGACGAGUCGAUGUUGCUGAACGACUGAUUCGGGCUGGUGCAAAUGUCAAUGCACAGAACGAUACCAAGAAUUCCUGUUUGCAUUAUGCUGCUUCCAAGAAUCAGCCAGAGAUCGUCAGCCUAUUAAUAUCAUCUGGUGCUAACGUGGACAUUCGAGACAAAUACGAUCAAACACCACUCUUUCGAGCAUCAUCUCUCGGCUGCACGCCAAUCGCAAAAGCACUAGUAGAAGCUAAAUGCAAAAUCAACAUUAAAGAUGUUUCUGGAAACACUCCACUUCACAUGGCCAUUGAGGGAACUCAUGGCGAGUUGGCAGUUUGGCUGUUAUCUCAGGGAGCAAAUCCGGAUAGUAAAAACAAGGAAGAUGUGUUGCCGCUCGAUAUGACCACUGACAAGAAUGUGCAAAAAUAUGUAGCAAACGCUAUGAAGGCGUGA